AUGUCUUUACAGUAUCAUCCCGAGUUCCUCAAAGAGGCUGGUCCAGUGCUACAACAAUUCGCACAGGUCCCGAAACCGCCACUCCAUGAUGUUACAACCAGACGAGCCCUGCUGGCAGCCAUGACGAACGAUCUACCUCCACUCCCAGAGGACAUUGAGAAGUUAGUUCACCAAGUUCCGACAGCUGAGGGUCACCAAGUGGUGAUUUAUCAUUUCCGUCAGCGGAGCGCCGCUCACGGCGGUGCAAAGCCGGCUAUUGUGCACAUCCAUGGAGGAGGAUAUAUAUCCUUGACGGCAGAGCAGUGCUCAGUACCUCAUAUUGCAGCUGUAUCGCGUACGGGUGUUCAAAUCUUGACAAUCGAUUAUCGACUUGCUCCAGAACAUCCAUACCCAGUUCCUCUGAAUGACUGUUGGGCUGCCCUCCAGUGGGUAUAUGACAAUGCUGCAUCACACUCUAUCGAUCCUUCUCGCAUCGCGUUGAUGGGUGAAAGUGCAGGAGGUGGAUUAGCUGCGGCGUUGACCCUAAAAGCUCGCGAUACAGCUCUGUCUCCGCCAAUCGCCAAGCAAAUCCUCAUCUAUCCCAUGUUGGACGACCGAACAACCACCAACCACGCCGGCGAACUAGCAUUCUGGACCGAAAUUGACAAUAUCACCGGUUGGACAGCAUAUCUCGGCCCGGAUGCAGGAACGGACAAGGUUGAGGCGUACGCUGCACCAGCAAGGGUAGAGAGGGUUGCAGGUCUUCCAUCCUUAUAUCUAGAUUGCCCACAGUUGGAUAUCUUUGUGCAUGAGGGACUUGAAUAUGUGCGCAAGUUUGUCCAGGCUAAUAUCCCUACUGAGUGCCAUAUUUAUCCUGGUCUCCCGCAUGGAUUUGAGGCCUUUGCACCGUUGGCUGGUGUCACACAGCAGGCUAUUGGGAAUCGAGAUAGGGCUAUGAGUAGCUUUUGA